GCGCACGGACCGUCCCGAGAAGAGAAGCUGCGAGAGUUCUCCUAGAGGAUCUAGCUUUUAACAGUGUGCUUGGGUCAAUGAGAUGUCAAUUGACUCUGGAAGUCUCUGCCAAUCAUCACUGUAUGGAGAGUGAGGCUGAGUUUAUGCUGCCGUUGAUGCCGGCCACUAGGACUCCGAGUGCCUCAUGCAAUGCCCACCUUUCACUGUCCCCCUGACUUGGUAACCAUGGAUAUCCAAGUGCAGCCCAACCUCCACUACGGGGUCAACGGAGGUCACGAGAGCACCGCUGGCAACCGUGCACGAUCCUCUGAUGAUGACACGCUGCAGUUUCUGAGUCGGGAGGAGAAAGAAUGCAUCCUUUUUUUCGAGGAGACUAUCGACUCCCUGGAGGAGUCCCUAAAGGAGGAGGAGAGGCCAGCCCAAGGCCAGGGGGCGGCUCUCUCCUCAGGUAGCAACACACCUGUGGAAGACGGAUCCAUCCCCCCCAGCCCCGUCCAGGCGUCCACACCUGUGACGGAACACCCGCACAGCCGGCGAGACAGUGACAUCAUUGACCUGGUCAACUCCACCUCAAACCACACGAUGCCAGAUUUCCAGAGUCUGGCCAUGGCUCCUGAGUCCCACUUUGAGAUGAAGGCCCGGCGAGAGCCGAUGGACAACUUCCCCUCGGAGUACCACCUCACCGCAUCCAGCGCGUCCACCGGGAACGGAGAGGACGGCGGAGGGAGCGGCGGGUACCAGCCGCCACCGGGGUCCAUCCCCACGCCCGUCCUCAUCGCCCAGAAGCUGGCGGAGCACCAGGGGGACGCCUCUGCUGGGACCACUCUGCCGUCCAUGCUGGUCAAGCGGAGGAGGAGUCUGGACUCCACCCGACCUGUUCCCGCGACGACAGGGAUGACGCUGCCAUCGUCUCCAGAAGAGGCAGUCAAGCAGGGCCCGCCAACGUCGGCCAAGCCCACAAACAGAAACCCGUUGCUGGGUAACAGGGAUUUGAACCACGAAGUUGCCAUGCGAGCGCUGGACCGACGCGCGCGCAUGCCCCCGAUGGAGGGUGGGGAGCCGCCGUGCGUGCGGAACCUGCCCACGCGCAGCGUCUCGUUCCGCGACCCGACGCCGGACAAGUCGCGCAUGGAGGCGCUGUCCAAGCUCGGCCUGGUGCGGGGGCGAGCCAAGUCCAUCACUCCAACCGUGGAGCCCGGCGCCGAACCCAAACACAUAUCCCCCACCGCAACAGUCACCACCGCCGCCACCACCUCCUCCUCUGCGCCCAGGACUGAAAUCCACACCGAUUUUAACCGCUUUGGAGGGAAGUCGACCGUAGUGACCCCUUCGCCGAUGCCCCCAGCUGCUCCAGAUGCCCUGUCUUCUCCUGUGUCCCCCACCAGCGCAGACGUGGCCUCCAGGGACUUCAACAGCUACGGGGGCAAGACCAUCGUGGUGGUGCCAACAGUGGCCACCUCCAGUAGGGGGGCAGUGGACCCAGCCCCUGCCCCUGCCCCUGUCCCUGCCCCCGCCCCUGCCCCCAACUACCCCCCUCCUCUGGCUCACUUCUCCUCCCAGCCAGCCAAGACGGAUACCCCAGCCGCAGAACUCAACAGCUACGGGGGCAGGACAAAGACUAUCGUCCCUGCCUCCGCGUUGGCAAGAACGGACGUCACAGAUGGUCCAGCGAGCCAGCAGCAGGACACCCGGGCCAGCGUGCAAACCCACUCGCCCUCUCCACCAGCUACCGUCAGGGAUGCGCCCUCCAACACCUCCAACCUAGCCAAUGCUAACGCUAGCACUAGCAUGAGCGCUACUUACACAAGCACCAGCCAUUACUAUGGAGGUAAGAGUAAAGUGAUCAAUCCAGCACCACCGGUGGUGCCCAAGGUGGACCCCCACCAGCCUGAAGCCCAGGCGGCAGUCCAAGACAACAGGACCAGAGCCAGACCAGAAGUUACGGUGAGCCGGGAGAACAGCUUUGGCAGCCGCACCCGCGUGGUGGUGCCGGGUCGGGGUGGGGGUGGUGGUGCGCGGGGCAAGUCGGCCACCCUCCCCCCGACGACGGCACCCAAGCCGCCCAGCCCUCACCGAGCGCAGCCCCCGAGGCUGCCGUCGCCGAGCAGGGUCACCAGCAAGCCGUCGUUCCGCUCGCAGGGCAUCACCGUCCAGUUCUCCGGCCGCGGCGCCACCGACGACUCCAGACGCGAGGCGCUCCGCAAGCUGGGUCUGCUCAAGAAUGCGUCAUUACUGUGAGACACACACACACACACGCUAUCUCUCUCUCUCAGACACCUGUGUGUGUGUGUAAGAGUAAAUUGUGUGCACCACAACAGUUACAACAGCAGGACAAUAAAAGGACACUGAACUAAAAGAACACUAAAAGAACUUCUAAGCGCAGAAUUAGAACACUAAGGACACUGGGACUGUUGGUAUCCCAUCACCUGGAAAGCGCUUGACGUCAGCAGUGGCGGUAGAGAAGGUAGGCAGGCGUCAUCUCAGGUGAAACACCUGUACCCCAAACAGAUGCUCUUAUUACAUCUCCAUCUUCCUUUGGAUAUUUAUAACUUCAGUCUGUGUGUCUAUGUCUGUGCUGGGUUUCGCCUACCCAAACACCUGACUCCUGGAAUCCGUCCACUAUUCUGCCCAAGCCAAGAUGGCUUGCACUCAUUGGAUCCAAAAUGGCAAACACUGUUUGGAUCCAAAAUGGCAAACACUGUUUGGAUCCAAAAUGGCAGCACAUACAAUACAAGUAAAUACAUAGGUGGAAACCAGCAUGAGCAGCAAUUUCUGUCUCACCGUCUUACUUCUAGCCUUAUAUAAAAAAAACUCUUGUGUAAAUCAGUCUUCACUUCACACAAACGGGACUGUAAAUUUAGCAUUGAGAGACACUCCAGAGAUCAUCCAACUUUGGUACGUCUGAUAUAUAAAGAAACCUGAUUGGGACUCUUACCUAUGUUGAGGAUACACUUUCUCAGUGGGCAUUAUAACAGCAUAAUGUGACUUUACUGUGUGACGUGGGAUUAUGUAUUUGUUAGAUGUUGCAGAUGGCUAGUUUUAUAUUGCAGGUCAGUUAUUGUAUUGAUUAAGUGAAUGAUGAGCAUGUUACAAGUUUUGGCCAACAGUUAAACACUCCCUGUCAUUGAUGCUAGUGGCUCUAAACAUGAGCCCUUCUAGAGAGAUGUUACCUAUAAAAUGAAGACUGAUGUUUUAAAUGAUCAGCUUAUGCCAAGUCUCGUAAAGCGAGCAACGUCAUUGCCUGCUUGUCCAUGAACAACUUCCGCACAACUUGAAAGAGCAAGGGAAGACUUUGUAAGAUCAUAAGAUCUAAAUGGGGGCUAAACAGGGAUCGCUGAGUUUUCAUCUUUAUCUAGUUUACACAAUCUUACCUCACGCGAGCCACGGUGGUUGUUCUCUGUUUCUGAAAUACACUUUCAGUCAAGGCCUGCACGUACAGCUGUACUAUGUGUUCCUCUCUGGGAUUCACCCCACCCCACCCACAAACCCACCCCACCCCCACUCUGUUCCUUCAAGUGCCUUGCUCUCAACACAUACGUGUUAGACGCAAGUGCAAACACCAGCACUUGGAAGAAGGAGCAUGCACGCGUGUGUGUGUGUGUGUGUGUGUGUGUGUGUGUGUGUGCAGCCCGGCCUCACAGAUGGCUGGGUGUCUGGAGAGCAGUGGAGUUUUUAUUUUUAAACCCCAGAGCUGCAGCCACCGACGCUGCUUCUGAUUCGGACUCUGAUGCUGCAGCUGGGAGUUGAAGCCGCCCACUCAAACCACAGAGGCGCUGGAGCCGAGACGUUUACUACUCCUGUGGCCGCUGGGCCCUGCACAGACCGGGGAGGGUGGAGGGCAGAGGGUGGAGGCGGGCUGGAGAGGUGGAGGGGGUAAAAGAAUGCUCGUCUGGCGCCCUGCUCCAGUGUACCGUGGUCAGAGAAGCUGAGCUGUAACGGCCUCCAGGAAGAGGGUCAACGGAAUGCUUCAACGGAACGGAACUGCUUUGUUCCAUUCUGUUGUGUUCUGUUGUGUUCUGAGGUGCAUUCAAAUUCGCAAACACAGGCGAGCGUUCACAAACGUUUUCUGUUUGCCUUGAGUUUUAAAACAACAGUUUGAGGAGGUAGUUGGACAUUGAGAUUAAAGAAACAUUGUUAAAAUGUAUAUGUAUCUGAAUCUGACAUUUUCACUGCAAACGUUUACCUCUGUUCAACGAAUCUGAACGCACCUCUCUUGUGUGUGUGAGGUAGUACUUAUGCCAUGUAGCUCUAAUGCCAUGUGUCUGAAAUAUGCAAUCAUUUGGUCUGCUGCUGCUCUCGCUCCUUAUGGCCAGUGCCCUGCUAGUGAAAGAUCCCUAUGUGUGUGUGUGUAUGUGUGUAUGAGAGAGAGAGAGAGAAAGGUGUGUGUGUGUGUAUGAGAGAGAGAGA